AUGGGAUCUGCUUGUGACGUCAAAAUAGAGAUUGACCGUUCUUAUACGGGAGGAACUUUCACCAACUAUGAUAUUAUCAAAGGUACUGUCACUUUAAGUGUUACUAGUUCCAUUUCAUUAAAUUAUAUUCAAGUUAAACUUGAAGGGGUAUCGAAAUCAGAAUUAAUCAUUCCUGCUCAACAACGUCUACAACAAUCAAGACAUGAUCGACAUAAUAGAAGACGAGAUCGAGAUAACAAAGAUAAGAUCCUCCAAGAUAUUCAUAAGGUGUUAUAUGAUACGUUGAUUGUAUUUCCUCCUGAUAAUGUUCGUCAAGUAUCUCAAGCUAAAGAAUUCACUUUAACCCCUGGAAAUUAUAGUUAUCCAUUUGAAUUUAAAUUACCUUUGAAUAAUUCUUGUGUUAAAUUACAAGGGGUUACCAAUAAAAUCCUGUUUAAUAAGAAAACAUUUGAUUUAGUCAUUAAUAAUGGAAAUUUCAAUUCAAAUAUGAUCAGAAAUAAAGCUCAACAAUUUAUAAAUAAUGGAUCUGUAAAUGGGAAUGGGAAUGCUCAUACUCAAAAUUAUCAUAUCACAAAUCAAUUACCUCCUUCAUUAAGUGGAAUUGGGGAAUUUGCUAAUAUAAAAUAUUAUGUUAAAGUAACUUGUAAACGAUCAUCAUUUUUAAAGACUAAUUUAAGAUCAUUUGAUCCAUUUAUCUUUUUACCACUUGAUUUAAAUAUAAAUGAAAUGUCAUCAUUAGCGGAUUAUGAAGAAUAUAAAGAAGUAUUUGUAAGGAAAGAAAUCAUUUUUAAAGAUAGAAUACCUGAAAUUGUUGGGAUUAAAAUCCCUCCUCAAGCAUUGGAAAAGAAAACUUUACCAAAAGUUCCUUAUGUUCCACCUCCACCUCAACCUAAAAAGGGAUUCUUUCAAAAAAUAUUUGAUAAUCCUACACCUAAUUCAUCACAACAACAACAACCUCCACCUCCUAUCCUAAAGAAACAAGGUCCUCAUCAAUAUUAUCAAGAAAUUGAAUCAAAAGAUGUCGCAUUUUCAUUUGAAAUUAGAUUCAGACAUCCGGCAUUUUUGAUCCCUACCAAGACUCCAUCGUUUAAAUUAUAUCUUGUAUCGAAAUCAAAACCAACGAGAUAUACUUUGAAUGAAUAUGGUAAACCAGAUGAAUCAAAUGGAUUAGGGAUUGUAUAUUUACAAAAUUUGAAAUUUGAAUUAACUUCGAUAACGAUGAUUACGGUAUUUGAAGAUGAUGGAGGAUUAGUGAAUGAAAUUCAUUCUGGAAAACAAGAAGAAACAAUUUCAAUUUGUAAUAAUAAUUUCAAGAAUUUGAAAUUUGAUUUAAUGCAUUGUAAGAAAUUAAAAUCAUCUACUUCAACUAGUUCUUCAUCAGUUGCUAAUGAUUUAUAUGAAUUUGAAAUUCCGAAAAAGUAUUUUGAAAAUUGUACUUUACCUGAUUAUUUAUCACCAUCAUUUAAGACUUGUAAUAUCACCAGACGAUAUAAUCUUAAGAUUAGUGGUGGAUUUUCCAGUGAAAAGAUUAUUGAUUUUAGAAAUCAAUCUGAAGUUAAUAAGAAAGUUAAAACGGUUGAUUUAUUAUGUACCAAUAUUAAAGUAUUAAGUGGAUUAAACAUGACAAGUUCAUUACAUUCUAAUGCAUCAAAAUCAUCAUUACCUCGUAAUCCAAGUAUAUCAACUACAAAUGGAAUGUCCACCACUCCACCCCAACAACCUCCAAGACCGCCAGAAAAGAGAGCAUAUACCUCCCCUCCUCAACCUCCACAUCCACCCAUUCAUCGACCUUCAUUUGAUAAUUCCGUCAAUUCAAGUGAAUUAGAGAACAGUACCAGUCCAGCUGAAUUACCCACCUAUGCUGAUGUCAUGAUUGAAUCGUCAUACCAAGAUAAUUCAGAACAUAUACGAGCUCGAAGAAGAUAUCAACAACAUGAACAAUAUUAUAAUAAUCUUACAUAAAUAGUUUUAUAUAGUAUAUUAAAUAUAUAUAUAUAAUUAUGCGCUACC